AUGGAGGACGGCGUCACGCUCGACUUGAAGUACCUCAACACCGUCUCGUACAACGCUGAGAGCGCUUCCGUGGGAUUCAGGGCCCGUCGCAACAUAAAACGAAGUCUACACUGUCCUCGAGACCCCGGCGCCAUGUUUCCCGGCGAAUGCUCCUCGAGCGUUGGAGUCGGCGGGCCUCGCACUGGGAGACGGGAUAUCCUCCUUUUCACCCAGCCGCAGCUUCUUCUAAACUUCAGCAUCGUCACGAGCGUCACAUUCAGCACCGUCGAGUACAACAGCAUAUACGGCAGUCUGGUCGCGUAUCCCGCAAUCUACAAUCGAAGAACCAAUUCAAAGCACUCGUUAGCUUUGCAAUUAAUAUCCCCAGAGUAUCGGGGCUCACAAACCACGAGUUCCCGUAUCUGA